AUGUCGAGGCAGAACCAGCAAGACGAGCUGGCAUACCCGCACUUUGCCCUCAUUUACAUCGAUCGGGAUGGGAAUCUCCGCCACGAAGCUUCUCCGUCUAUCCGAAAUAGCCGGGAAGCUAUUCUAUCUCCUGGAGUCACGAAUGCGUUUCUACAGGCUGUGGCGCGGUCUGGAGAAGCUGUCACCUCACAUUCUCUAGUUGAGGCUGGGGCUACCACGCCCUCACCACCACAAAGGGCACUUGGUGGUCAAGUUGCGCUUCGGCCACUACUUAACCGUGCUACCCAGAGUCCAGAGACUAUAGGCACCGAUGGACACCACCGUGGCCCCAUGGGCCCUAGGCCUACGAUCCAGCCAGCCAUGUGGCCGCGACAGCAACAACUUCAGCUCCAGCAACAGCAACAGCAACAGCAGCAACAGCAACAACAACAAAGCAGACAAAGACCUUGGAAUGAAGAAGUUAGUAUGAGAAGCAACCAGAAAGCAUUGAUCUCAAUCCGGGACAAAGACUUCCUGCAGCGGUACUACGAAAAGGUUUUCCAGAAUCUGCAACAGACCAACUGCCGAGUCCUGGCAAAGGCAUACGUCAAGCUUGUGGAGCCUCGAAAGCAGGUCAAUUAUCCCUACAAUGGACGAAAGAUUGUUGCUGGCAGGACGCAGCAGCUGGAGCCAGAUGAAACUAAGCCUCCAUGGUGGCCCUCAGGGGUGAGCCAUCGCGAGCCAGAUCAUCUUCCCAAGGCCGAGCGCAUUAGACUACUAGUUCACAUACUAUGCGAGCUACACACCAGCCAUGGAGUUACCGCUCGCAGACUCAAAGAAGCCGACCAACCAAUCCGUCGACAGAUCUCCCCAACGGAACGACUGCAGAUACUGGACGAGGUCUACCGAGUGCGAGAAGAGGAGGAGAAGUUUCAAGAGGGAGUGACCGAUGGAAAAGCCCUAGUGUCGAUUUCCCGAGCGAAUCUGCCCGAUGCAGUGGAAGCUACCCUGAGCGAAAGAUCACGCAGCAGAAGAAGUUCCCCAACAGAAGAAGCCUCGACACACGAACAAGAAACAGUCGAAGAAACAAUCGUCCUCCGCAGCGGCCCUACCCAGGGCACCAUUGUUACUCAAUCUGUCUUCGCCCCGUCAGACAUACCCUCAGAUCUAUCUCCAACAGCCCUCCGUCCUCCCUCCCACAGCCCAAGUCAAUUCAUCCACCAAGACCUACCCAUACAUCCCAAUUACGAUCCCAGACCAUCCUCAUCAAUGUCACAACAGGACUUAAAGAGGAAACGCCUCCGCGUGGAUGCUGACCAUCCACCUACCACAACAAGCCCUCACGCUCACACAUUGGGAUACUACCCGCCUGUGUUCGUCGGCUCACAGCCUUACAUUCCCGAGACCUACGAUGAGCUUCAAAGCUUUCCAACCCAAGUCAUUCCGACAACAGCACCGCCCGGUGCUGAACAAUUUGGCGAUCACAUGGACAGCUAUGCGUUUCCGUACUACUUUGAGAAUUGA